GUAUGUUGAGCAUUUCUCUCAACUUAUUUUGAACCUGCAACUGUAACUAUAACUGAAUUUUCAUUAUGGCGUCUCAUUCGAGUCGAUCGAGUUCUGGGUGGCCAAAAUCAAAUCAAAGCACCCCAUACACAGGAAAAUACAUGACCGGCAACAGUUCGUCACUAAAUGCUACUCUAAAUCGUUCCAUUAGUUUGUAUCCUCUUACUAAUUACACAUUUGGUACUAAAGAGCCUCUUUAUGAACGUGAUAGUUCGGUCCCAGCAAGAUUUCGACGUAUGCGAGAAGAGUUUGAGAAAAUUGGCAUGCGACGUUCUGCUGAAGGUGUGCUUCUAGUUCAUGAGCAUGGAUUGCCUCACGUUUUACUUUUACAGCUAGGCACAACAUUCUUUAAAUUACCUGGAGGUGAAUUGGAAGCUGGAGAAGAUGAACUAGAUGGAUUAAAAAGACUGAUGACAGAGACAUUAGGUCGUCAGGAUGGUGUUAAUCAAGAAUGGGUCAUUGAAGACACUGUUGGAAAUUGGUGGAGACCUAAUUUUGAACCUCCACAAUAUCCUUAUGUGCCCCCUCACAUCACUAAGCCAAAAGAACACAAAAAAUUAUAUUUGGUACAACUGCCGGAAAAAGCUCUUUUUGCAGUUCCAAAAAACUAUAAAUUAGUGGCUGCUCCUUUGUUUGAACUCUAUGAUAAUGCACAGGGUUAUGGCCCUAUUAUAUCCAGCUUACCACAGGCACUAAGCAGAUUCAACUUUGUUUUUGUUACUUGAAUCUUGUCAAAUGGGAAUCUGUUAUGAUUUUAAAUUACAGAAUGUGAUGAAUUCUAAAUGACUAGUUGUUUGUGUAUGCAAUAAAUUUCUUUAAAUGAC